AUGAGACGCCUGUUUGAAGUCUUUUUCGUCGUCCUACUGGGACAAAAUGCGUUUGCUGGACUGUUGGACAUAUUUAGUGCCACUUCUGAUUACGAUGCCGCCUUUUUGAUGGACAGUUUUUUCGGGAUUGUAGCCAACACUACUAAAUACAUCAUCAAUGGGGAUUCUACGAAUCCAAUCGAGGUGGAUGUUACUUUUUGGUGUGGAAACCGUAAUUCUCCCAAUCUUGAGCAAACUGUGAUAAACGAUGGAAGCUUGAGUUCAAAGCUUGUUACCUCAAAACCGAUUGUUUUUAUCGUUCAUGGAUGGUUGGACAAUCGUAACCGUAACUGGAUUCGAUCGAUGACAAGUGAUUAUUUGCAAUAUGUAGACACGAAUAUCUGUGUAGUAGAUUGGGGAAAUUUGGCUAUCUAUGGCUAUGCACUUGCUGCAAAUCAUACUGUACGAGUGGGCGCGUAUUUGGCGAAGUUUAUCACCUACCUUAAUCAGCAGGGAAUACCGUUGAGUAAGGUAACGCUUGUAGGUCAUAGCAUGGGAGCACACGUCAGUGGCAAUGCUGGUAUGAAUUUGGGAGGCAAGAUUGGGGCAAUCUAUGGUCUCGAUCCGGCUAGUCCCUUGUUCAAAAUGCCAUUUGAUGUUGGAACCUCGAAAAGGCUGGACAAAUCAGAUGCUUCGUAUGUGCAGAUGAUCAUUACAUCUCGCUGUACUUGGGGUGUAUGUACCGGAGAUGGUCACGAAAACUUUUACCCAACCGGAGGAUCAGCUCCGCAACCGAAUUGCGUAAUUCCCUUGUUUUCCAACGCGGAAGCUGCUGAGCCUAUUAUCUGUAGUCACGCUCAUUCGUACACGCUGUUCAGAAUGGCGUUGAAUACUCGCAAUGUCUUCAACGGUAAGCAGUGUUCUACUUACGCGGGAUACUUGCUUGGAUUGUGCAUCUUCAACAAGUCUACAAAGAUGGGGAUCUAUACUAGUCGAGUUGGGGGUGAUUUCUAUCUGAUGACAUCCGUGUUUGAGCCGUAUACAGUUUAA